AUGGAUUCGCGGGCAACAAGGCGCAUGCUCGCGUUCGUCUCGUUGCUCACGAUGUGGAGCAUCGCCGUCCACGUUUCAUUGCCGGCGGCGGCGGCGCCUGCGCGGGCGCGAGUCGGCGUGGUGCUGGACCUGACGAGCGACGUGGGGAGGAAGAGCCUCACCUGCAUUUCCAAGGCCCUGGACGGGUUCUACCUCAAGCAUCCGAGUUGCGCCAAGCUGGUGGAGCUACGCGUGAGGGAUUCGGCCGGAGACGCCGUCAAGGCGGCGCACGCUGCCGAGGACCUCAUCAAGAAUGCCCAAGUGCAAGCCAUUAUCGGGGGCCCUCAGCCACUUACCAAAGCAGAUCACGGCAUACACCUGGCCCAGAACAACCAUAUUCCAUUUCUCUCCUACAACAUUUCUCCAAUAUCGUGUGCCUUCUGGCUUGAAGAAAACGUAACAGCAUCCGUAGGCCAUCCCAAGAUUGGAUUUACAUUUGAAUCAAGUGACAGUAUGAUAUUUCUUUACCCAAAAACCGUGCGAAGAAAUGACAUGAAACUACAUACACAAAGUUCUAGUCAAGAUUGCGAAGGGCAGACAGUGUUGAAGAUUGCCGUGCCAUUAAAAAAUGGUUUUCAUGAAUUUGUGGAGGUUACUGGUCCUAUUUCUGAGAAACAAAACAUCACUGGCUAUAGCAUUGAUAUCUUCGAGGCAGCUAUGAGGACUCUACAUCCUGUUCCGUGCUAUGAGUUUAUUGUUUUUGACGGUCCUUAUGAUGAACUAGUAGGCAAUGUGUCUUUGGGGGUGUAUGAUGGUGUAGUAGGCGAUGUGACCAUAACCGCGCAACGAGUUACAGUCGCAGACUUUACGGUGCCAUACACACAGUCUGGUGUAUCUAUGCUUGUGCUUACCGAGGAUGAACCAACCACAAUCAGUUGGACAUUUGUAAAGCCAUUGAGUAAGAAUCUUUGGUUUGCAACUAUUGCCUUCUUAUUCUAUACUGGCUUUGUUGUGUGGAUGAUUGAACUACCCACAAAUCAAGAGUGCCAAGGAUUAAGUUUGACACGGUGCAGCACUGCCCUCUACUUUGUUUUCUCAACUUUGACGUUUUCUCAUGGUCAAAGUAUUAGAAGCCCUUUGACAAAAAUUGUUGUGGUGAUAUGGUGCUUUGUUGUGUUGAUUCUAGUGCAAAGCUAUACAGCUAGCUUGUCAUCCAUGUUGACUGCAAAGCGGCUCCGCCCUAGGGUGUCAAAUCUAGAUCAACUUCAACGGAACGACGACUUUGUAGGAUACCAAGAUGAUUCAUUUGUGCGGUCCUUCUUGAUAAAUCAUCAUAAUAUCAGUGAAAGUAGGUUAAGAAACUACAGCACCAAAGAAGAAUAUGAUGUUGCUUUGAGGAAGGGGUCCAAGAAUGGAGGGGUGUCGGCCAUUGUCGAUGAGAUCCCCUAUUUAACUUCUUUCAUCUCUGAUAGUCGGUACAAAAAGGACUUUAUGAUGCUUGGGUGCAUAUACAAGACCCCUGGAUUUGGUUUUGCAUUUCGUCAAGGUUUUCCGCUAGUACAUAACAUUUCUACUGCAAUCCUAAACCUAGCAGAAGGGGUUAGUGGUUCACAAAUAGAAGUUAAAUGGUUCGGCACAACUUUACCAUCGAUUGGUGCUAGCACAAUUUCUGACGGUGAUUCUGUGCCUCUCACAUUACAAACCCAGGAGCCAGCUGACCCCGUCGAUGACUACUACUACCGCGACGGAGCCUUCUUCUACGUGGAAACCACUGACGACCAAUAG